CCCCCCUUCACAAUUGGUUUAAGAAUUCAAAUCAUUGCAAGUUUAAAUGAAUCUCAUCAGAGUUAUCAUCCAGCUUGAAUGUGAGAUCAAAUGGCAAGAUUUCGUGCAUUAUCUGCAGCUCACAUAAUUGCCAUGGUAAUGGUGGUGACCUUAUGUUAUGCAUCUGGGAUCGCGGCAAAGGGUUCAGACAUCUCUCCUACCCCAGCAUUGGAAGCCGGAGCAGGGUUCAGUUUGCCGGUUUUAAGCGCCUUGGUGUUGUCCUCUACGUUGGGAUCUCUUGUUGCUCUCUUUUUGUGCAUUGAAUUUUGAUGUUUCGGUAUGAGGUUAUCUUGUACUACUACUUAUGGGUUAUGGUGAUGAUGAUGAGGGCAUUGGUUAUGAUAUCUCUUUUAAUUUGGCAUGAUUUUUGUAUUAGUUCUGGCAUAAUGAACUGCGUAUAUUGUUGUAUAUCAUAAAUAAAACUAUCUUGGAAAU